AUGGUAUUAGAAUAUGCUGAUCAAGGAAAUUUAAGAGAAUAUUUAAAAAUUCACAUUAAUAAUCUUAAAUGGAGUGAUAAAAUUCGGAUGGCCUCGGAUAUUGUAUGUGGAUUAAAAUGUUUACAUUUUAAGCACAUAAUUCAUAGAGAUUUGCAUGCAAAAAAUAUAUUAGUUAAUAAUCAUAAACUAAUGAUUGCAGACUUUGGAUCAUCUAAGCAAUUAUCAGAAGCUACUUCUGUUUCAGCAAAUUCAGAAAAUGAUAUUAUAGGAAUGAUUGAAUAUAUGGAACCACAAUGUUUCAAGAAUAUCGAGUACAAAAAAACUAAAAAGUCUGAUAUCUAUAGUUUAGGCGUUUUAUUAUGGGAAAUUUCAAGCGGGCGGCCUCCUUUUCUUGGCUAUCAACGAAAUAUAUUAGCUUUUCAUAUUGGUUUUAAUAAUCUUAGAGAAAAACCGAUUGAUGAUGGUACACCCCAAGAUUAUCAAAAACUUUAUCAAAAAUGUUGGGACGAUGAGCCUAAUUCAAGACCCGAUAUUGAAAGAGUAUAUGAAAUUUUAUGUCAAUUAAAGACUGAGAAUUCU